AUGAAUGGAAACAACAACAACAACAACAACAACAACAACAACAAUAACAACAAUAACAAUAACACUGGGAAUCUCCAGCAAUCUCAUGGACCACCUCAACAACAACAGCAAAUGUUCAAUCAAACCCCUCAAAUGGCAUUUCAACAAGCACCACCUUCUGUAAUGCAAGGAAGAGGUAAUAAUAUUCAAACUCCUUUACAACAACAGCAACAACAACAACAACAACAGCGAUUCAAUAUGUCUCAACAACAAAUGAUGGCAGCUCAACAACAACAGAAUGCAUUGGCAGCAGCUGCAGUUGCUUCUGGGCGUCCUGUUCCUCAAAGAAAUCCAAAUUAUAAUGGAAGUCCUAAUCCUGCACAAACACUUGCUUUAAAUGUAAACAACAACAGCAACAAAACUGGGAUGUAUAAUCCUAAUGCAUUAGGAACUGGGAUGCCUUCCUCAAAUUUACAACCUACCUCUGCUGGGAACUCUCGUGAUCAUACACCACAAAUGGUAAAUCAACCACAACCUUUUAUACCGCAUCAACAAAACCAACCACCUUUACCACCUCAACAACAACAACCACCACAACAACAACAACAACAACAUACUCCUCAACUUCCACCUCAGGGCCAAGCACCACAACAAGUACAAAUGGGCUAUACCAAGAAAAUAAAUAAUGGUAACCUUGCUAAGAGUGGACAAAUGGGAGGGCCAAUACCUAUGGGAGGACCACAACAAGCAAGAAUUCCUCCUAAUUCGUCAUUCCAACAAUCACCACAAACACAAUUUGCCAUGCCUCCUAAUAAUACUGCUCAUAUCAAUCCCCAACAACCAACAGUAAGUGGUCGUUCUCCUAUUCAAAGACAAAUGAUAACAACAACUGGAAAAGGCGAAACAAACAAUUCAGUUCAAGAACAAGUACAACAAGAAAUCAAUACAAGAAUUAUUAAAAGAAAUUUAGGAAAUGCUGCCAUAAUUAGAGUAUUAGAUUUGAUUGAAUUUAUUUCAAAUCAACAAUAUGAAAACUUGUCAAAUAUAGAAUUUUGGACUAAAAUCACCCCUGCCAAUUUUUUACCCACGGCAAUAUUGAAAUUUAAUACUACUAAUAUUACUGGUCAUGGUAAUAAAUCAUUAAAUGAUAUCACUGGAUUGAAUUUGAAUUUUUUAAAUUCAAACAAGACCAGCAACAACAACAACAACAACAACAACAGUAGUAGUAACACCAAUAAGCCACAUCUAUUUGAGUUGACUACUAGUACUGCUCCUCGAUUUUUUGCUAGUUGUAUACAAACUGAAAGCAUUAUUAAAUGUAAUAUAAGUUUAUCGGGAUCAAAAUUUCAAGUGUUAAAUAAUGGAUCAAUUGUCAUUGCUUCAAAAAUCGAUUUAUAUUUCCGUUAUAAAGAUGGAUCAAAUGCUGCACUUCAUGGUACAAUCAAAAUUUUGAUGAGUAAAGAUUUACGAAUUGAGUGGGUUGAUUUAAAUUUUUCAAAUUAUCAAUCUAAUAUAUCGGUAUUGGCAUUAGAAGAAAAAUUGAAAUCAAUUAUAACUGAUAAUACAUCAAUUACGAAAAAAGAUAUUAAAAAACAAAAGGAAGCUCUUGAUAAUUUAGUGAAAAAUUCUCAAGCAUCAAAAUUACAAUUAACUUUUGGAAUUGAACCUCAAUGUUUAAGAAUUUUACAAGUUGGUGAUGUUAUGUCAAGUAUGAAAUCAUUAAUGGAAUUUAGUAUGAUCAAUAAUAUACCGUCACCAAUGAAAUCAAUGGAAUUAUUGAUAGCAUCACAAAAGAAUCAACAAAUACAAGCAUUUCAAGCUCAAAUGGCGGCACAAGCACAAAAUUUAACAAAUUUUUCUGGACCAGUAAAUUUACAAACUGAUUCACAAAGAUCUCGACAGCAGCUGAUAAAUAUAAGUAACAACAAUAAUAAUGGUAAAGGUGGUAUUCCCAAUGGAAGUAAUAAUAAUGUAUCUUCACCAUCACCUAGGACUGUAAGUGCUGAAGAACCUAAAAGAAAGAGGAAACAAAGUGUGAAUAUGUCGGGUGAGAAUAAGAGAAGGAAAUAA